AUGCCCCCACCUGCUAAGAGGCAUACUUCUUUAAUGAAAGCCAAAUUUGCUGAGCAUAAUAAGGGGCAUGCUGAAACUGGGCCAAGGAAAUCUGAGCUGGAAACUUAUUUGAAUGAGGCCCCUGUUGAGAGUGAGUGGAAGCUUAAUGCUGGAAGAUUUCCAAUCCUUUCGAGGAUGGCUCGAGAUAUCCUUGCUGUCCCAAUUUCUACAGUAGCCUCUGAAUCUGCAUUCAGCACUUCUGGCAGAGUGCUUGACUGUUUUAGGAGUUCAUUAACUCCAAGAAUUGUGGAAGCCUUAGUAUGCACUCAGGACUGGCUCAGAGCUGAAAAUAUUCCUCUUGUCAUUGAAGAAUGUCUUGAUGAGCUUGAGCCUUUUGAACAAGAUUUGCCAAAAUGA